CAGUUCAACUGGCUAGCUGCAGCCUGGUCAGUGAAGACAACAAUAAGCAAAUACAACUGGAUUACAGCAAACUUUAGCUUGAAGUCAACAGAAGUAUCCCAGCACAUAACACCUAGCGCACUGGAAUUGAUGCAAAAUCUUUCUUCUGAGAAUCCAAGAAGUCAAAACUCUCUGAGGUACUUUCCACCGCUUGAGAACCAUAUGGUCCAGUCAAAGUCCAGACUUCAAUCCUGUGGCAGAGCUUUCUGUUCCAAUUUAACCUAUUUUAAACUUGAUUAAUAAAAAAAUAAUAAACAUAAUGACAAAGUCGUUAUUUUUAUCUUUAUCGAACACACUUGUCGGGAGCAAUUGAUGCAGCAUGGCGAAGUUGGCCAUAAGGAGGAACAUCGUGAGGAAGAUCAUGUUUCCUGCCUGACUGCUCCUUUAACUCAGAGACCACCUGCUCCUCUGGCGUCAGCAGCGCCCACGGGCGGCACGAUGGCUGCACGAUCGAUCCGGCAGUGAAAUGUUGCAAUGUGACAUCUUCUCAUAACAACGCUGGCAUGCGCCGGAUAAAAGGCACGGGAACGACUCCUUUUUUACCCUCAAACCUCUUGUAUCAGGUUUUGCCAGAAGCAUCACUUGGUAAACUGUUCAGAGUGACAGCAUCCAGCCAGCUAUGUUCUUCUUCCUCUGGGUUGAUUGUGCCUGAUGAAAGCUGCCAUGGCUUUUUGUAACGAAAGCCUGCUGGACGAUUGUGACCUCUUGGAGCCAGAUGUGGAGCAACCAGCAGAAACUCUUCCGCCGGAAGCAUCGCCUCCUCUCAUAUCGGUCACUCUCCGGGUGACACUGGCGGCCAUUAUGAUCUUCAUGAUAACCAUUGGUUUCCUCGGCAACGCAAUCGUUUGUCUGAUCGUCUACCAGAAGCCCGCCAUGCGCUCAGCUAUCAAUCUCCUGCUGGCCACAUUGGCUUUCUCUGACAUAAUGCUCUCGCUGCUCUGCAUGCCCUUCACCGCUGUCACCGUGGCUACCGCCGACUGGAGCUUCGGGAGCGGCUUCUGCCGGGCCUCCAUCAUGCUGUACUGGCUGUUCGUUCUGGAAGGGGUGUCCAUUCUCCUCAUCAUCAGCGUGGACCGAUUUCUCAUCAUUGUGCAACGGCAGGAUAAGCUGACCCCACACAGGGCCAAAGUGCUGAUAGCAGGUUCCUGGGUGCUGAGUCUGUGCGUGUCACUGCCAUCUGUGGUUGGGUGGAGGACAGGUGCAGUGGGGAUCGGGGGCACCUGGGCGCCGCAGUGCGUGCUGGGAUACAGCGAGUCAAUGGCAGACCGGGGGUACACGGUGCUCCUGGCUGUGGCCGUGUUCUUUGUACCUUUUGCUGUCAUGCUGUACUCGUACAUGUGCAUCCUAAACACGGUGCGCCGCAACACCCUGCGCAUACACAACCACACCAGCGAGCGUUCCUGUCUGCCCGCCCUCAACCAGGUCAGCAAGAUGAGGCUCACCGGGCUGCAGCGACCGCCUCACAUCAAGGUAGACAUGAGCUUCAAGACCCGAGCUUUCACCACCAUCCUCAUCCUCUUCGUGGGUUUCUCCGUGUGUUGGCUGCCCCACACCGUGGUCAGCCUGUUGGCCGUGUUCAGCCGGCAGUUCUAUUACAGCCCCAUCUUCUACCCGGUGAGCAUCGGCGCUCUGUGGCUCAGCUACCUGAAGACGGUGUUCAACCCCGUCAUCUACUGCUGGAGGAUCCGCAAGUUCAGGGAGGCCUGUCAGGAGUUCAUCCCCAAAAGCUGCAGGCUGUGUCCCCGAAUGCCAGGCAGGAGCCACAGGAGAGUGAGGCCCAGCAACAUUUAUGUGUGCAGCGAGACUCAGUCUGCUGUGUGAAACAGCAACUGACCCUUCUGCUAGAUGUUUUCCUGUUUUAAAUGCUGCCCAACAGGAAGUAUGUUUAAAAGCAAUAUACCACAAAGCAUAGAUUCAAUAUUGAACACUCCAUCUAAACAUAAUCUCUUGAACUUUUUCACAUUGUUUUGUUUGCAACCAUAAACUCAUGUGCAUACUCCAACACAAAGUAGCACAUACAUCAGAGGAUGACAUUUGUUCCCAUCAUUUUAUGUAAGCUAACUUUAAGCAAGGUUUCAUACCUGGAGAAGGUAUGUAAACAUUUAUUCUGAAGUCUCGAUGCAUAUUUUCAGGUAGAGACAGAUCUGCACUUUGACUGGGCCAUUCUAAGAUUUUUAUGUUUUUGUUCUAAACCAUGCAUACUUAACACACUCAGAAAUAUAGUUAAAGCAAUUCAGAAUAUACAAUGUUUAAGCAAAUGUCUGAUAAAUAUAUACAGUUUCUCCAACAGGAUCAUUAAUGUGAUUCAGGUGUGAGAAAACAUGGAUGCAUCUCAAAGCUGCAGGACGGAAGAUCUAGAGGAGUGCAAUAGGACACCCCUGAUCUAAACCAUUCUAUUGUAGUUCUGUCUGUAUGUUUAGGGUUGCUGUCCUGCUGGAAGGAAAAGCUUCACCUCAAGUCAUUACAGCCUCCGGUUUUCUUCCACAAUGGUCCUUUGUUUAACUCCAUCACUGUUCCAAUCAACUCCAACCAGAUUAGUUCUCCCUGCUGAAGAAAAACCUUUCCACAACAGAUUGCUGCCACUACCAUGGUUUAACAAUGGGGUGGAAGUGAAUAGAAUGUAAAACACCUUCCUAUGUCUUGAUAAGCUUGAUGUUGUACUACACUCCAUUUGGUUUAAGAAGAUGGAUUAUGUAGUGCUCAGUGAGAUGCUGAAAGCUUGGGGUAAUUUUUUAUAGCCUAUCCCACCCCAUUUAUUCACUUUUCAUUUUAUCUUUAAAACUAUGUAUCAUUUUUCUUACAUUACACAAUUAGGUGCUACUUUGUGUUGGCCUAACACAUAAAAUCUUAAUAAAACACGUAAAAGUUCUGGGUUGUAACAUUGGUGUGAACAGUCUUAUAUGGCACUGUGUCCUUUCUGUGCACAAAAAGGUAAAAAAAUGAAAUAGAAGAAACACAUCGUAUCUUCUGAAAACAUCAUGUGCAGUAUAUUGUCUACUGUUUGUUUCCAUAAGUAAAUAUAUGCUUAGUUUGCAGAUUAUUACAGAAGUUCCACCUGUUGUACAUCUUCCCUUGUGAGCUACUGGUUUGACCUGUCUGCUGCACGCUGUACCCUGUUGUCCUGAAACAAAUCAUUGGGGGGGAAAAUACUGUUGUUGUCAAAUGUGUAAAAGUGAAGGGGUUACAGACAAAUCAGGCAGUAUAAAUGUUCAGUAAGCUAUUAAAAAAAAAAAAAAAACAAUACCAA